AUGCUUACCCAUGAUACCGAAAGCAUAAAAUCGAUACAUGACCCCGAUAUUGUAGACUGGGAAGGGGAAGAUGACCCAGCCAAACCAACGAACUGGUCAGGGAAGAAAAAAUGGACAAAUGGAGGUCUUCUUGCUCUCAUGACACUCAUCACUCCCCUAGCUUCUUCCAUGUUUGCUCCCGGUGUUCAAGACGUGAUGAUCGAUUUCAAGUCGCAGAGCUCCAUACUCGCCUCUUUUGUUGUUUCAGUAUAUGUCCUCGGAUAUUGCGUCGGACCCUUGAUUGUCGCACCACUUUCAGAGAUAUACGGCCGUCUCCCGAUCUACCAUGUCUCGAACGUCCUUUUCGUCAUCUUCACCAUUGCAUGCGCUGUCAGUUCCAGCCUUGACAUGUUGAUCGUAUUCCGAUUCUUUGCGGGGCUUGCGGGCUCAACUCCGUUAUCGAUUGGUGGUGGUACAUUUGGUGAUAUGUUCAAGGUCGAGGAGAGAGGCGCGGCCAUUGCCAUCUGGUCCAUGGGCCCCCUCCUUGGUCCGGUGAUUGGACCCGUUGCAGGCGGAUUUCUUGCAGAUGAAGCAGGGUGGAGAUGGGUAUUUUGGCUGAUCACAAUUGCCGUGAGCAUUUUCUCGGUUCCCCUUGUUUUCCCCAUGAGCCCUCUUACUGACUAUAUGACAAAGUCAGGAUUGAUGACCGUGAUAAUGUUCCUUUUCCUCCGAGAGACAUACGAGAUUACUCUUCUCAGCCAGAAAACCGAACGUCUUCGCAAGGCAACUAAUAACCCCAAUCUCAGAUCUGCUCAAGACCUCGGUCUGCCGCCAAAGGAGUUGAUGAAGCGCGCUGUCAUUAGACCUAUGAAACUUUUGAUUUUCUCGCCGAUUGUUUUGGCCCUAUCGGUAUACAUCGCUUUCGUUUACGGUAUUCUCUAUUUACUGUUCACCACCAUCACCUCUGUGUUUGUUGGAACCUACGGCUUCUCUCAAGGUCUAUCGGGGCUUUCUUAUCUUGGCAUUGGCAUUGGAAUGAUGAUAGGUCUUGUAUUGGUCGGUGGAUCAUCAGACCUACUUCUCAAGAAACUAGCCGCUGCCAACAACGGAGUCAUAAAGCCAGAAUACCGAUUACCACCAAUGAUAUUUGCAGGCUUGGUUCUGCCAGUAGGACUCUUCCUAUACGGAUGGACAGCAGAGUACGGCGUGCAAUGGAUGGUUCCGAUCAUUGGAACUGCCUUUGUUGGAGUGGGCUUGAUUGGAAGUUUUAUUCCCACCUCAACAUAUCUUAUCGAUGCCUUCGGCAUUCACUCGGCCUCGGCAAUAGCUGCAAACACCGUGUUGCGUUCCCUUUUUGGCGCCCUCAUUCCCCUAGCAGGGCCCGAUAUGUACGAGGCGAUGGGUCUUGGCUGGGGCAAUUCCCUGCUGGGAUUCCUCUCACUUGCCAUGAUUCCCAUUCCGGUUCUUUUCUGGAAAUACGGCGAGAAGCUGCGGACAAGCCAGAACUUGAAACUUUGA